GGGAGCGGGAGCGGGGCUCCCCCUCAGGGGGAGCCCGGCGUCCCGGUCUCCCUGCCGGUCCUGCUGCCGGUUCUCCUGCUGCUCCUGCCGCCGCUUCUGGGGCUCCGCCUGCUGCUGAGGCGGAGGCGUCCGCCGGCCUUCCCCCCGGGCCCGCGGGGGCUCCCGCUCCUCGGCGACGUCCUGUCCCUGGCCGCCUCCGCAACCCUGCCGCACCUUUACCUGGAGCGGCUCAGCCGCCUCUACGGCCAGAUCUUCAGUCUAGACCUCGGGGGGAUCUCGGCGGUGGUUCUCAAUGGCUACGACAUAUUGAAAGAGUGUCUGGUUCAACAGAGCGAAGCUUUCGCGGACAGGCCUGCUCUUCCCCUCUUCAACAAACUUACCGGAAUGGGAGGCUUACUCAACUCCAGAUAUGGACGUGGAUGGACAGAGCAUCGCAGACUAGCUGUGAACAGCUUCCGCUCUUUCGGAUGCGGGCAAAAAUCCUUCCAAGCCAAGAUGGCCACGGAAGUCAAGUACUUCCUCGCUGCAGUGGACACUUACAAGGGCACCUCUUUCGAUCCCAAGCAGCUGGUCACCAACGCCGUCUCCAACGUGUCGAACAUGAUCCUCUUCGGAGGCCGUUUCUCGUAUGAGGACGUGGAUUUCCAGCGCAUGAUGGAGAUGUUCAGCGAGAACGUGGAGCUGGCGGCCAGCCCCGCGGCUUUCCUCUACAAUGCCUUCCCGGCUAUAGGCCUGCUGCCCUUUGGGAAGCACCGGAGGCUAUUUGAGAAUGCUGCCAGGGUUUACGACUUCCUCUCGGGGAUUAUCACGAGGGUCUCGAGCAACAGGCAGCCCCAGGAACCUCAGCAUUUCAUUGACGUCUACCUGGACGAGAUGGAUCGAAAGGGAAUGGAUCCUGGCUCCACGUUGUCCAGGGAAAACCUGAUUUUCACCUUGGGCGAACUCAUCAUAGCGGGGACGGAAACCACCACCAAUGUCCUGAGAUGGGCUGUUCUUCUCAUGGCGCUUUAUCCCAACAUUCAAGGCCAAGUUCAGAAGGAGAUUGAUCAAUGGGUGGGCCCAAACAGAGCCCCUACUUUGGAAGACAAACCUCAAAUGCCAUAUACGGAGGCAGUUUUGCACGAAGUCUUGCGGUUCUGCAAUAUAGUUCCACUAGGGAUUUUCCAUGCCACUUCUAAAGAUACAGCCAUUCGUGGCUACUCCAUUCCUCAGGGGACCAUGGUAAUUACAAACCUGUAUUCCGUACACUUUGAUGAAAAGUACUGGCGAGACCCAGACGUGUUUUACCCUGAGCGAUUUCUGGACAGCAGGGGCCAGUUUGUCAAGAACGAAGCACUGAUUCCCUUCUCACUAGGAAAAAGGCACUGUUUAGGAGAACAGCUGGCCCGGAUGGAGAUGUUCCUGUUUUUCACCGGCUUACUUCAACAAUUUCACUUACGCUUUCCUAACGAGCUGGUUCCCCCACUCAAGCCAAAGUUAGGCAUGACCUUGCAGCCCCAGCCCUACCUCAUCUGUGCUGAGAAACGGUGAUGGUGGCCAGUUCUGAUAACAAGACUGAAAGCUCGUUGUGGGCACGGAAAGUGUCCACCAACUCUAGUGUAGUGGACUCUCCUAAGUGCUUAGCGCAGUGCUCUGCGCACAGUAAGCUCUCGACAAAUACCAUUGAUCGAUGCCACGAAAAAGACUUCGAGAAUCAACGUUUGGAAACUGCCCCUUAAAUUGUCUUGCCUCAACUCGUCUGCUGCCUAAAGCGGUGUCUGAAAUCUGAGCAGAAGUCACAGCAGCACAGCGGGCCAUGGGAGGCACAGAAUAUGUUUUCAAAUACUGGAAUAGAGAAAAGCAAUGUCAGCUUUGAUGUUUUCCUAUAUAGAUAAGACCUUUUCUCCCAUUCUUAAAACACUAGAGAGUUUUUGUGGCGAAUGACUUGAUAUGAAUAAAUGAAGACCUGAUGAA